CCAAAAUAUACUUCUAAAAUAGUGCGAAUAGAGUGAUUUUUCAAUCAAGAAAAUAUAAUGGAUGGUCGUCGUCUAGAGAAUGGUAAUACACCGAGUGGUAUUUUAUCCAAUACACGAGAUCGUUUCUUCGAUGCACAAAAUUAUCCACAUCAAAAUCCAUACGAUACUCCGUUACCUAAUUACUAUCCAGCUUAUCAAGGCGGCUAUGAAUAUGAACCUGAGACAGCUGAUUAUGGUAAUGGUAGAUUUGGUCAUGGCCAAGGUCAAGGGCAAGCAACAUUCCAUCAACAUGUUUAUUCAACACUUGGCGGAGGAGGUGGCGGCAGCAGUGGUGGUGGUGGUGGUCAUAAAAGCAAAAAUCACGCACUGGCUAUGUCUGCACUGACAUUAUUGGCAUUUUUAUUUUUCAUCCAAAUGUUGCAAUCAUGUUUGAAAGAGCAAAUGACAUCAUUGAAUCCAACGGUAAUGGUAAUGACGGCAGGCACAAGUCGAUUCCGGAAAACUGGAACAGCCAGCACAACAGGUGAUGCGAACAAAGAGCUAUUUCAGAACGAUCCUCAUGAAGCAAUGAUAUCAUCUGUAGCCGACAAUGUUGAUUUGCUAACCAACGAUCAAGGCGAUGUAUUCUAUGGACCUGCACCAAAAAUCUCAUUCAAGUUGGACAAUUCUUUCGUUGCAAGAAGUGCCGAUUCAGUGCCGAAGGAAACACGAGAAGAAACAUGAAUAAUUCAACACACACUUUGGCAAAGCAGUUUUUUCUUUCGUAUUCUUUAAAUUAUUAGACUGAAAAAUGAAUGAUUCGU